AUGAUGAAGAAGACAAAGGAAUCAUUUUCGAAUCUCAUUGAAAUCGAUUACUCUUUUACCGUGAUGCUAAUUGGUGAUAGUUGCUGUGGUAAAACUUGUUUGUUGAUCCGAUUUAAAGAUGGCGCUUUUCUAAAUAAUAAUUUCAUUUCCACUGUUGGAAUUGAUUAUCGGAUUUGGGAUACAGCUGGUCAAGAAAGAUUUCUUGCAAUCACAACAACAUAUUAUCGUGAUGCCGAUGCUCUUCUCCUUGUUUAUGAUUUAACAAAUCGGCAAAGUUUUGUUAACAUUCGAGAUUGGCUUACACGGAUCAAAGAAAAUGCUAAGGAAACGGUGCUUGUAACACUUGUUGGCAAUAAAAUGGACUUAGAAAGUAGUCGAGAAGUAAAAUAUGAAGAAGGAAGACGACUUGCUGAGGCCUACAAUAUUUCAUUUAUAGAAACAAGCGCUAAAAGUGGUCAAAAUGUGAAAGAGACAUUUCAAGAAAUUGCAAAACAACUUGUCAAAAUGCACGAUGGCGAAAAUGUAAAAAAUAAAUCAACAAUUGAACUUAUUGGUACAUUAUCAAAGAGCUCUUCAUGUUGCAUAAAUUUUUGA